ACAAACAGAUCAGCAGAGGUGGACAGUGUAAGACGUAACGGAGGAGAAGCUGAUGAUUGUACUAUAGGCAAUUAGAAGAUAAAGAAGAAGAAUCAACGAGUUUGCGUAUAUUAUACUUACGAUGGAUAAGCGGCAUUCAAUAAUUUGGAUUUUACAUUUUCUUCAUCUCACGGUGUUCUGCAAUUUAGUGAUUGCUAAAAGUGAAUAUACAAGUCUAUUUGAACGGUGCACAAACGAAAAAAACACUUUCAAUUGUUUCAAACGGCGUGCUUUGGAAAUCCUCGACUCGGCUAUUCAAGAUGAUUCUGUAUUUAAAAUCAAUGAUUAUAUUUCAAUUACCAAAGAUCAAACAUCUACCGCCGAAAGUCACAACUCGAUGAAAUCUGAAAAUGGCACGGAACUAAGUCUCGAUCAAAAAUUGGAUAAUAAGUUUUAUGAAUAUUUAACAUCGAGAAGCGUGAAACUGACAAUACCGGGAAAUGCUUUUGAAGGAAGAAAAAAAAAGAAUAAGGGUUUCGGAUAUAUAAUAGUGGCAGGUGCCGUGUUAGCAGGUAUGAUGGCGCAAUUAGCCUAUGGAAAAAUUGCUUUCCUUGCUGGCACGGCUUUACUAACGGCGAAAAUGGCUUUAGUUUUAAGCGCGAUAGUUGGUUUGAAAAAACUAGUGUCGAGCGGAGGAGGUGGUCAUGAAGUGAUUUACGCUACAGCAUCGGAACAUCAUGGAGGUGGUGGCGGUGGAUAUGGUGGUGGUUGGCAACGAACAAUGGAUGUUGUUCCUCCAACCUGAAUCAUAUUCAACACAUAAACUACAAACUCAAAAGUCUUACGAUUUAGU